CUCUUAAAAUGACUUUUAGUUUUCAUGCUUCUUGCUGGCUGCCAGUUCAAAGACUUGCAGUUGAUAACGUUCUUGGAGCAAGAUCUGCUGUGGAUUCUGGCUGCCUGAGGCCAAGGCGUGUAAUGGUCUCUGAUUCUACGAAGGCGGAGGAAAAAAGGAAGGGGGAGGCGGACUAUAUAAAGCGAGGGAAGUGAGUGAGGAGCACAGAGAUGUGAGAUCUAAAGAAGGGGAAAGGUGAGCAUCAAAGUGAGGAGGCCAAGUGUGAAUAGAGUACAAUGGCGGACUGGCAGAACCGGCUGCGGGUGCAACGAGGCCUCACCUUCCUCACGGGCUUGGUGGAGUGUCUGUGUUUUGCAGGGAUCGUAUUCGGGUGGGCUUCUCUGGUUUUUGUCCUCAAGAAAGAGGACUACUUUGUCUCCUUCUGCGUCAACGCUACUGGCGUCAACGGCUCACAGUUCUUAGAUUGCGGGGGACAGGAUGAGCAGUUCUCCCUGGUCUUCACCAUUGCGUCCUUCACCAAUAAUUUCCUCACUCUGGUCAGCGGCUUCAUCUUCGACCACUUUGGCACCACCGUGGCUCGGCUCUUGGGAAUAGGUUUCCACACCAUGGGUACCUUGAUGGUGGCAUUCUCAAGUUCAGCUCUAUCUGUCCUGCUUUUCCCCGCUCUGUCCUUCAUUGCCGUGGGUGGAAUCAUGCUGCUCAUCACCAACAUGCAGGUGGGUAACCUUUUUGGCACUCGCCGUUCCACCAUCAUCACGCUUUACAACGGGGCCUUUGACUCUUCCUCAGCACUCUUCUUCGUCAUCAAGUUGCUCUACGAGUCCGGCAUCUCUCUCCAUGCCAGUUUCCUGUUCGUGUCUGUCUGCAGCAUCGUUCACCUGCUCAGGACUCUCUUCCUCCUUCCCAGAACAGUCAUACCAUACCCUCUGCCUGACCACUACACAUACGGGCUAUCCUGCAGCCAACUCAGGACUUCCAAGCAGUCGAUGGAUGUGAUUUCUCAGAAGACGGAAGAGGAAGAGAAAUUUGACCGCCAAGCACCCGUAAAACCAGAAAAAAGUUUCCGUGAGUGCGUUCGUUCCCGAUUGUUCAUAUGGCACCUAAUUUGGUUGUCUGUGAUCCAACUGAGACAUUAUCUGUUCAUCGGCACCCUCAACCCCACGCUGCAGAUGUUGACUGAUGGGGAGCCCUCACUGGUGAGCCAGUACAUCAACGCCUUUGCCUUCACACAACUGUGCGGGGUGCUGUGUGCUCCCUGGAACGGACUCAUCAUGGACAGACACAAGCGCAAACCGCGGGUGGAAGGAAUGAGUGAAGAAGAAGCAGAUCUGAAUUCUGCAGUUCUGUCGCUCCUCCUGACGUCGGUGAUGGCGUUGGUGUUCUCCGUGUGUGCCGCCGUACCAGUCUUGCCCCUGCAGUAUUUCACCUUUAUUGUGCAAGUACUCAAUCGCUCCUUCCUGUACGGUGGAAACGCAGCUUUCAUCAGCGUGGCUUUCCCAUCACGUCACUUUGGGAAGCUAUACGGCCUCAUCAUGGCGGGUUCCGCAGUCUUCUCCUUACUGCAGUAUGCCUGCUUCGCCUUGGUGAAGUCGGUUCUGCACGGAGAUCCUUUAUAUGUGAACAUCGCCCUGACGCUGCUCAUCCUGCUCGCCUUCAUCCACCCCAUGUCGGUCUUUUUGCACUGUCGAAGCCUGGCGUCCCGGCGAGCUAAGAACCAGCCCGAGUAGCCUCUUCACAUGGAUAUUGCAUAAUAGUGAAGUAUUGAAAAGAAAAAAGAAAGGUUUAAAGACUGAAGGCGGCAGCUUCUUUCUGUGGAGUGACCACGACACCAGAGGUUCUUCAUCUUUUUGACCUCGGGGCCCAACCUUUCUACUACAGAGGGACCCACUCAAAUAUUAGUCAUCUUACUCUCGGUUUUAGUCGUAUUCAAUGAAUAUAUAUCAAAACUACUUACAGUUUAGCAGAUAAACCUUGUCAAAUGGUAUGAAGCCACAAGUAUUAUUAUUUAUUCAACACAUAAAUAAGCCCUAGGCUUAAGUCUGACUGACUACAAAAAUAAGUACUAACCAAAUAUAACGCGUAACAAGGGACUCUUAAAUACAUUUACAUACAUUUAUGGAGAGGUAAAAUAAAUAAACUACUGUAAAUUAAUAAUGAAUAUGUAAAAAAAAAAAUCAAAAUACAGCCUCACCACUAUAGUUAUAAUUUUUGCGCUUAAGAAACAUCUAUGACUUAACAUAUUUUUGGGACCAUAAUGCGUACUUAAAAUCCUUUCAUUUUCUCAAAAAUCGUAACUACGCCUUGUAACCCGGUGCGCAUAAUUUACGGCAUUAUUCUGGUUGUGCUUCCGGACCUCGAAGCAAUUUUAUUUGGUACAUGGUGUAAUGAUAAGUGUGACCAGUAUAUGGCAGUCACACAUAA